AUGAAGAUCAUUUCCUCCCGCGCGUCCCAGCGGUCCAACGACCAGCGACAAGACAACCGUACUCCUCGAGCUCAGCAGCCUCGCGGCAAUGGACGAGCCCUAUCCCAGCCAGUUGCUCAUACCUCAGCACGAGGACCAUCGGCAUCUAACGGAACGACUCCAUCGUACGCUCAGCCAACAAAUGCAUCCCGACUCCGCCACUUUACCUCGACAUCACCAAACACCGUCGCAAUAACCCCCAAGAAGAGCGUCUCUUCCACUACACCACUGGAGCCCAAUACCAGCACCUCGUCUGGCGACAUGGACCCUUUCAUCCCCAAAGUCCGAGUUCCAGUCGCUGGCGCUGUCAGGAUCAACGGAUGGGACGCUAUCUACAAGAACGGGCAAAUCAAAGUUAUGACAUUCGGAUUCAUCAAGCCCACCGCCUCGCAUGAGAAUCACGUGGCCGCCCGGCGCCAGGAAACCACCGACCCCAAACUCUUCAAGUCGGAAUGGCAUGCAACUGGCACAUGGGACUGGGAGCCCCCCGCAACCGGUACACCGAGCGUGGAGCAUCAGCCAGACAGCACAAUCAGCACGGAGAUGACCGAAGCCGAGCAGAUUGCAGAGAGUGAGAACCGGAUAGCCCUUGCAGCACGCACUGGGCUGUCCGACAAACAUUUCAUCACAGGUCUUGCCUGCUAUGUUUAUAUUAACCACGACGUGCUAUAUAAGAUCCUCACAGAGGCACUUCGCGUCGCCAGGCAGUGCGUCUGGCGCUGGUUCAGCGCCCACCGGCCAGGCUUUUUCAAAUAUAGCUCCGACAUCGACUUGGCCCGGGACAGGUUUACGAAUGUGAUUAUGGUUAUGCCGGAUAGGGUGCGUAAGAGCGCAGACGGUCUAAUCGAGUUGCGGAACAGCCUGUGUCAUUUCAAUGGAUACGAUGUACCCGUAAGCAGGGUGGACAUCUACGUCAGGCACGUCCACCAGUUUGCGGUUCGCCUCCUCGACGAGGAGGGCGCCCAGGCGGCCAAGGGGGUGAGAGACGAGCUGCGCGCCGAGACCGAGAAGACGGUAGACGAGAUCGUGAAGCGCAUGACACUGACGGCUUGUGCCAUGACCGGGGCCGACGACGGAAUUCCCUGGGGUCAGCACCAUCUCGACACGGUGUGGGACGCGGUCAACAACCUUGAUCGUCACGCCAAUGGUCUUGGACACAGCGGACUGGAUGCUGCGGCGCGGGAGUGGGCGCGCCACCACAUGCAACGAGAUGGGCCCGAGCCGGAGGGACAAACGGACACGAGGGGCGGAUCACCUCGCGCGGUGGGCACUGGUGUCGGAUAUCAGUUUUGA